AUGUGGAAAGCCAUUCAUGAUUGUCUCCCGGUGGAUGACAGAAUCCGCAGAAUAGGUAUUCCUAUUGCCUCCCGUUGCGAUUGUUGUUCAGAAUCUGAGUAUGAAGAUCUAAAUCAUAGUCUUGCGAGAGGUGAUUUUGCUGAAAAAAUUUGGCGUAUUUGUUCGGUGGUUCUUGGUAUUCCCUGGAGGGAAGGUUGGAGUUGGAGACAGAGGGUGGAGUGUUGGUAUAGGCGGGCAAAAAAUUCUACUCGAUCUGGUCAAUUGUUGGGUCUUCUUCCAGCCAUCAUAACUUGGCGUUUAUGGGGUCGGCGUUGUAAGGCUAGGAUGGAAGGUUUGAUGGAAUCGGUUCAACAGGUGUGGUAUUCUAUCAAAUAUUGGGUAUCCUGGAUUGCAUUAAAGAUUAAGGAUGUAAAUUUUCUCACUAAGCAAGAUGAAGGAGUUCUACAUUGUUUCAAUAUGCCUAUUAAUAUGAUGAGACAUGAGAUAGUUAUUCCGGUUAAAUGGAAAUCUCCUAAGCAGGGUUGGGUUAAAUUGAAUGUGGAUGGGUGUUCUCUUGGUAAUCCAGGUCCUUCAGGUGCAGGUGGCAUUAUUCGGGAUGAUAAAGGAAACAUGCUUUGUGGGUUUGCAGUUGAUACAGGGCAUAACUCUAAUAAUCAUGCAGAGUUGAUGGGUUUACUUCAUGGUCUUCGGCACAUUGGUUUUAUGGGUUUUGUAUUAGUGGAAAUUGAACUUGAUUCCAUGUUAGUCCUUAACUGGUUGAGGAACAAUCGUUGUGGCCUUUGGUACAUGGAAGAUUAUUGGGAUGAAAUUCAAAGUCGUCUAGCUGGGCUUCAUGUCUCUCUUGGUCAUUGCUUCAGAGAAUGUAAUUCGGUCGCGGAUGGCUUUGCUAAACUGGGUGCCAAUGGUCAAACUAUGCUCUGGUCUUCCUUAUCUGAGCUGCCUGCUCACAUUAGAGGUAUGUCCCUUUUUGCACUCCGUUAUUUUUCUUGCUUAAUCUUUGUUUGUGCAGGUCUGGGUUUUGGUGUUUUUUUUGUAGCCCCCAGGCCUUGGGUUGUAACCACGGUUUUCCUCCGCCACAAGUGA